AUGAGGCCUGGAAUCUCCAUUUUCUCAAAAGUUUUAGCCUCAUUCAUGGAGAGAAGUGUGGAAUUAAGAAGAGCUGGAUCCAGACAGAAAAGUGGUAAUAUGAAGGGCAUUUGGCUGGAAGAAGGCAAGGCAAAACAAUCACUUGACAUCAAUAGCAAAAAUAUUAAAGACAUAACAGUGAAAGACAUACCAAAGCAGUCUAAUAAUUCUAACUGCAGUCUUUAUCUUAUGGCAUAUCUUGAGAAGUUCAUUCAAGAUCUGCAUGAUUUUGUCACCAAACUCUGCAAGAGUAAAAUGAAUGAGAAUAUGGACUGGCUAAGAUUGAAAUCUGACCUGUAG